CUCGCUCAAGUGCCCGAACACGACGUACGUGACUUUGGCUGGACCUCCAUCGGAAACGCCGCACGCGUUAGGCUUAGGAGGGCGCGGAGGCACAAACUGAAAGAAAUGUCUGCUGGGCCGAGCUCCAGCUCGGCGGCUGGUAGCUCAGCAAGCUCAUUGGACCGGGACACUAAUAGGCGCCUGCUCGCCCAGCUCCAAGGGCUCUUGGCGGAAAAUCUUCAGCUGCGCCAGCGUAGCGCGCAGCUGGACCAUCGUAUCGCACAGCUGGACCAGCGUCAAGCGCAGCUGGAAGCUGCGCUAGGCCUCCAGGCGAACCCAGUAGAGCUGCCGCCCGUGGAAGCUCCAGCCCCGGAGGUGCCGGCCGUGGAAGCUCCGGCCCCGGAGGUGCCGGCCGCGGAAGCGGAGGUUCCGGCCGCGGAGGUUCCGGCCGCGGAAGCGGAGGUUCCGGCCGCGAAGGUGCCCGCCGCGGAGGUGCGGCGGCGCCGAGGCCUCCUGCGGUUCUGCGGGUGCUUCUAGGCCCUAUGGCGAGAACAUGCAGGAGCCGGAUGUUGCACGCCGCGCUGACAUCGCGGGCCUGCAUCCUGACACCAGCUGGCGGAGCUGCCCAGGCCGGCGGCGCUUAGCCGGCCCGUAGCCCCCGCCGCCGCCGUCGCGGCUGACGGUGGCGGCGGCGGGGGCGGGGAGGCCGCCGGCGUGGGCUGAUGGGGCGGUGUUGCAGGAGGAGAUGCCCGCAGCAGUGGCUGCGGGGGGCAACCGGACGGCGAUGUCUGUCUGUGGGUAGCCCCCUGACACCUGCACUUGGACGUAGCAGGCCGCGGGGGGCCGGUGCGUCGCAACAACGGAUUGAGUUUGUGUGUCCGGGUGCAGGCACCUCCCGGGCAGCGAGGGCAGCAGCGAGGGCGGUGAGGAGGAGGAGGGCAGCAGCGAGGGCGGUGAGGAGGAGGGGGGCAGCAGCGAGGGCGGUGAGGAGGAGGAGGAGGGUUCAGGCAGCUUGGCGGCCCCACCUUGCCGGAGCAAGGCAAGCCCUGGCCCGACAGCCGGAGCGGGCAGGCUGGCGGCCUUGCCAGGGUCGUGACUGUGAGGCUGUGAGGCUGUGGGGCUGCGCGAGCUCGGACUGGACUUGACUGGACUUUAUGGGCAAUACUAAAACUGGCAACUUGGCGAUGGACAUGCCAGUUCUGCCGUGUUCGGCUGAUUGAGCCUGGUCUCGGACCUCAAUCAG